UCGAAUGAGCACCGCGGUGAAGUACAGUUCAAGCAUCAUGAAGAUGUGGUAUUGGACAUGGCUUUGGUUAUUCAACGUGUGUUUUGAGGGUGAAGGGAAGGAACCUCCUAUUGUAAAUAUUCCUCUCCAGGGACCGGUUUCUGGAAAAGAAGUGUCAGUGUUCAGAGGACAGAAAGCAAAUGUAUAUCUAGGAAUUCCAUUUGCAAAACCUCCUAUAAAUCCAAGGCUUCAACCACCGAUUGAAGACCCCCUUCCCAGUUGGACUGAAGUGAGGAAUUCGACAUCAUUUGCACCAGCGUGUCUUCAGGAUAAAGAAGCACUGAGGGAGCAUGAAUACGUCUUCAGCCAAAUUCUGUCCGAUCAGAUAGACGCAUUGGAAUUCAGCGAAGACUGUCUGUAUCUAAAUGUGUUUGUUCCCGACGGGCCACUUCCACCAGAGAAAUGGCCCGUCGUUGUGUGGUUUCAUCCUGGGAACUUCAGUGUAGGGACUACAGCUCUAUGGGACGGAUCGGUGUUAGCUAGCAGGCAAAAGGUCAUUGUGGUGACACCUGCAUAUCGUCUGAACAUCUUGGGGUUCUUUGCUUUGGAUCGAGGGAUAUCUCCGGGAAAUUAUGGAUUGUUAGACCAGGUGGCAGCACUGAAGUGGGUGAAUGACAAGAUCAGUGAAUUUGGAGGUUCACAAGAUGACAUCUGCAUUAUGGGGCAUGGUGCUGGAGCCACAAGCGUUGGUCUGCACAUGGUAUCACCAUUAUCAAAAGGGAAAUUUAACCGAGCUAUUGCCAUGAGUGGCAGUGUGUUCAGUAACUUAGUAGGAAAUAUCCCUGACAUUCAGGCCUACAAGGAUAUCCAGUCUUAUGCCUGUGUAGACAGUAAGAGCAAUAAGGACCUUAUAGAUUGCAUAAGAAAUCUUGAAGUCUUGCCCUUGGUUAAAUAUUCAUGGAAUCGAUACCCAUGGGGACCUGUAAUUGAUGCUGGUGAUACAUUCUUACCCAGGAGGCCAGAGGAAUAUUUUGAAAUACAAAAAUAUCGCAAGGUCGACUUCCUGACAGGAUAUACAGAUAUGGAAGAUGCAUUUGAAAUUCAUGCAAAAAUUCCUAACUCAGAAAAAGGAGUGUCUUACAAUGUUUUUAAGGAACUCAUUCGAACUGAAAUACAGAGUGAACACGAAGGUGAAUAUUUUGGAGAGACUGGUGAUUAUAAUCAGACAUGCGCCGUCAACGUAGAUCACUUACUGGACACAAUUCUUUUCUAUUACACUCCUUAUCCAUCAUCACUAGAACCUGAAGUUAAUCUUCUGAAGUACGUGGACUAUACUACAGAGAAAAGAUAUGGUACUGGAAUCCACAAGCAAGCACGAUUUAUCAGCAAAUCUAGCGUCACGUAUGUAUAUCGUUUUGAUUACAAACCCAAAAAAGGACUUGUUGCUGAUUUGCCUGAGUGGAUACGUGUUCCUCAUGGCUUUGAGUUGCCAUUUUUUUGGGGGAUGCCCUACUGGCCAUCUCUGCCUCCAAAUUCGUGGAACAUUGCAGACCGCAAGGUUGCCGACACUGUCAUGACCUUAUGGACGAACUUUGUAAAAUAUGGCAACCCAGUUCAAACAGGCAUUAACUUCAAAUGGGAUGUAUUUGAAGAAAGUGCACCUAGUGUCAUGAUUAUUGAUCGUAGUUUCAAUAUGAGUGAUCCUUCAAUAUUUGAUCAUAAGGCAUUUGCCUUCUGGGUGGAUUAUUACCCAAAAGUUAUUGAUGCUACACAAUGUUGCAAUAUGACUCAAAAUGCUAUUAGAAUUUAUAGCAACCCAACAUUGACUGGGAUGUUGGCAACCCUUGCUGGCAUGCAGUAUCUUUUAAUAAGCUAAUAUUAACAUGAUAAUUAAUCUAUUGAAGAAAUUAUUCAAAUAAUACGCAGAAGUAUAUGACCCUGAUGGCAACAAGGUACUAAAUCAGUGGUACAUGAUGGUAGAAUUAUUAAAGGAAGCUAAUAACAAUUUGGUCUACAAAACAUUCAGUUACAAGUAGCUCUCGAUUUGCGUCGAUUCAGAAUAACGCCGAUUUUGAAACCAGAAAGUCAAAGAGUGAAAAACAAAAUUUACUAUUAUUUAUAAAGUUUUACAAUGUUUCUCGUACUGCUUCUUAUAGUAAACCGUAAUUCUUACAUCGCUGAUUUUUAACAAAAAUUAUAAUUACAGUCAUCUCUGCAAUUACGUAUGUUUCGUUAACGCGAAUUUGCUCCAAUGAGAUCGAUGAAUAAUGUAGUGCCAUUAUUUUACCCGUCAAUGUUUGGGUGCUGGGAACACAUGCCACUAACUUCCCAUUGAUUUACAUUAUAAAAUCGUUCCAAUUUACGCGAUUCCGAUUACGCCGUUUCGUCCAGGAACACAUCCCCGGCGUAAAUCGAGGGCUACCUGUAUUUGACUUUUUUAAGUAUUGAGAACAUCUUUCAAUAAGGGUAAUAUUUUAAAGACUAUAAAGAAAUUUGUUAAGCUUUAAUUGAUAUUAAUAGUAAUAUGAGUUAGAAUUUGACGAUUAAUGAUUAUGUUCUGGGCUUUGGUUCUGUGCCAACGUUUCAGCGAAACAUUUUCAUCUACUGGUAAGUCUAAGUGGUGCCAAAACCCAGAAGAAUAUCAUCAUCCCCAAGUCUGCGAAAACCUUCAGUCCUACAAAUUGACUAUUAAUCUCACUUUGUAAAAUACUCAAAAUAAUAACUUGAAACACAGAAUAUUUAAAAUACAUUUAAUUGUAAAACUUGCAAUUUUAUAACACAAGCCAAGUCAAAAUAUCAGUCAUAAAAUUUUCCAGUAUUCAUGAUAUUAAGAUACUAGUAUAAUACAUCUACAAUUAAAAAUUUUAUUAGAAAAAAAAUAUUAAAUAGACAUUUACAUAACAAUUAUAAGAGACAAGGCUUCAGCAUUGUACUUUCUCAAGAAGGGUUUCCACAGAGCUUUGAGAAAUGAAAUUAUGGCAUAAGUGAGAAGAAUUUUAGGGUACUGUUAGUAUUAUAAAUGAUUUAAUGAGAGAUGGUAACUCAAUUCAAGAAUAUAGGCAGUGUAAUAAAGCAACAGUUAAAUCAUGAUUGACAGUUGAAGCAUGUAAAAUACGUAGUGAAAGAAAUUUUAAGAAUUUGUUUUAUAACAGUCCUCUUGUAAAAUCGUUUGAAAUGACUAAAUUUGUAAGUGCUUUUGGUAGAGUGAUGGGUUCAAACAUAAGUUUAGAAGCCAUUAAUGUAUUUAAAUAUUAUGAAUAAUAUAAAAUUGUUAAAUUGAC